AUGUCGUCAGCAAACACUAAACCAUUUAUCAACAGAACAAACAGUACUUCAUCUUUAAGAUCAUAUAGGACUAUUCCAAACAUCACCUACAGUGGAUCUUCAGAGGGUAUAGUGGCUGGUAUUCCUAAUACUAAUUCCUUUCAAAGUCACCAUAGCGAAUCCAAAUUAGAUCACAUAGCAUAUUAUCUCCCACUUUUCAAAUGGUUACCGAAAUAUAACAAACAAAAAUUAUCAAGAGAUAUAAUUAGUGGUAUUACUUUGACUUCUUUUCAAAUUCCGUUAGCCAUUUCUUUAUCUACAUUGGCCAAUUUACCACCAACAUCUGGUCUCUUUUCUUUAAUUAUCCCUCCUGUAGUUUAUAGUAUAUUGGGAACAUUACCGCCCAUGGUUAUUGGUCCACAAACUGUUGCAUCAAUGAUAAUUGGUCAUGUUAUUGAAUCGGAUACUUCCAUAAAACAUGAUAUUGUAGCUAAAAUCUCAAUUUCAAGCAUCUGUGUUUGUUUAAGUGGUGGUAUGUUGUUAGGCUUAGGGUUAGCCAAAUACGGAUUUAUUGAUAACGCUAUGUCUAAAUCUUUCCAAAGAGGGUUUAUUUCAAGUUUGGCUGUUAUAGUGCUAAUUUCAUCACUCUUAAACAUUUUUGGGUUAAACGAAAAAUAUUUAGAAGAAAACGGAAAUGGAAAGGUCAACGAUCAUAAUACUGGUUGGAAUAAAUUGGUGUUUAUAUUUGAUAAUUUAGAUCAAAUUGAUAUGUUUUCUACAAAAAUUUCAAUCGUUACAAUGCUGAUACUAUUGGGUGCGAAAUAUUUUAAACAAAUUUUUAUUGGUAAAUACCCAAAGCUAAUUUUUGUGCCUGAGAUUUUAAUAAUUGUCUUAAUUUCUACGCUAUUAUGCUACAAUUUUCAUUGGAACUCAAAACUAAAAAUCGUUGGAGAAUUGUUUAACGCAAACAAACUACAAAUUAAAUGGCCACUAACAAAUCUAGACCAAUUUAAAGAACAUUUUCAAACCUCCAUAGUAAUUACAGUAAUAGGGAUUUUUGAAACUGCAACUUCCUAUAAGACAGUCACCGAAUCCUCGUCAAUCGCAGUUUCUUCAAAUAGAGAAUUUAUUGCUGUUGGUAUAUCUAAUUUGCUCUGUUGUUUAUUUGGAUCCUUGCCUGCGUAUGGUGGAUAUGGUAGAACUAAAUUAAAUAUUUUAAGCGGUUGUAGUACUCCAAUGUCAGGUGUUAUAACAUCAUGCUUUUCCCUACUUAUCAUGCUUUUUUUUUUAAAUUGGUUUCAUUAUUUACCACAAUGUACGCUAUCGUGCAUAAUAAUGUUAAUUUCGGUGACCUUAUUAGAAGAAUUGCCACGUGAUCUAAUGCUUUAUUGGAAAUGCCAGGGUUACCCUGAGAUUUUAAUGGUUUUUGUCAUUGUAACGGGUACACUAGUUUGGUCGCCUUCAUUUGGGAUUAGCUGUGGUUUAGGGUUGACUAUUAUCCAAUUAGUUAAACAAAUAACUAAAUCUCGUAUUACUGUUUUGGGCAAAGAUCCAAUAUCUAAUCAAUUUAAACCAAUAAUACUAUACAAUACUCCAACUAAUACCAGAACUGUCAAUAACAAAUUGGAAUUUGAAAAAAUUAUGAUUGUAGAAGCCCCAGAACUUUUGAUUUUCACCAAUAUAACAGAUUUUAAGAGAAGGUUACUCAGCUUAGAAAAAUAUGGACCCAUAGAUAAUAUUCCUUUACUGCAGCCACGGUCAUCCACAAUACUAACUCUACAGCCAUUGAAAUUUUUAAUUAUUAAUCUAGAAAAUGUGUCCUUGAUUGAUAUAUCCGCAUUACAGUCUUUAAAAAUGAUCGUAGGUUCUUACAACAAAAGAGAAAUUUUUGUAUUUUUUACCAACUCUAUUAAAUUGCAAAAUUUACAAGAGAGAUUCAUUGAAUGUGGUAUUACCGCUGAGCAAAAAACAUUAUUAGAUAAAUGGUGUAUGGACAAGAGCAUUGACGUUGCUCUACGAGAAAUUAUGUACAAACCAUUAUUUAGCUCUAUACACGAAGUUAUUGAUUGCAUCGAUUAUAUGGAAUAUAUAAAUGAGCACUUUGAUAUAACAGUGUAA